CAAAAAAAAAAAAAAAAAAAAAAAGGGAAAAAAAGAGAAAAACCUCCCUUGUUUGCCCGGAAAAGGAAUCUUUUAUAUUUCUAGAACGAGGUCGUCUUCUUUCAGUCUUCUCUCUCCCUACCCAUUGGUGGCUUUGGUUUUCUUUGUGGUUUUGUGUGAAAGAACUUGUACGGUCAACUCAGAUGCAAACAAAGAAAAACUGAAUAAUACAGAAGGGAUUCUGCUGCUUGCUUCGGAAAACAAAACAGCUUUCUUUCUUAAUUUUCUGGGGAAAAUGACGAGGCAGAAAAUCCAGAUCAAGAAGAUCGACAACCUAACGGCGAGGCAGGUGACCUUUUCCAAAAGGAGAAGAGGGCUUUUCAAGAAAGCUAAAGAACUGUCUAUCCUCUGUGAUGCUGAGAUUGCUCUCAUUGUUUUUUCUGCUACUGGAAAGCUCUUUGAUUACGCCAGCUCCAGUAUGCAGCAAGUUAUUGAAAAGCAUAAUAUGCAUUUGGAAAACCAGGACAAACUGAGCCAACAAUCUCUUGAGUUAGAGCUUGAGAACAAUGCAUACAACUUGUUGAGCAACGAGAUUGUGGAGAGAACAAACGAGCUCAGGAGGAUGAGAGGGGAAGAACUCCAAGAAUUAAACCUUGAAGAUUUGAAACAACUUGAGAAAUUGGCUGAAGGAGGUUUAAGCCGCGUCAUAAAAAUAAAGGGUGAAAGGAUUAUGAAGGAGAUCCAUUCUCUUAAGAAGAAGGAAACGCAAUUGCUAGAAGAUAACUACCGCUUGAAAAAGCAGAUGGCAGAUACUCUUAGAGUCCAAAAAGAUGUACGACAAGGCCAAUCAUCUGAGUCGAUCGUCACGGAUAUAUGCAAUUCAGCAGACCCUCUUCAAGAUCAUAUUGAUAGCUCUGAUACUUCUCUCAAGUUGGGGCUACCAUUCCCUAAUUAGUGAACAAGAAGGAUAGAGGAAGGAUGGUGAAGAGGAACAACCUUGAUUAUUUCAUCAUAUCAUUUGGAAGAAGCUGCAUGCCUCAGGAAAAAAAGAAAAAAAGAAAAAAAUGAAAAAUGAAAAAACAGAUUCUCUUUAUUGUAUUUAAAUUAGUAAUAGUCCUAAUUGUUGUUGUAUAUGCAUGUAUUGGUUCAGAAGAAAGCGAAGUCGAUCAAUGUUAUAUUCUAUUUGAAUAAAGAUCAUAAAAUUAAUUAAGAUCAAGACAAAAUGUGCUCCCUAGGUGUCAGAGAAAGGCACAAAUAUAUAUAUAUAUAUAUAUAUAUAUAUAUAUAUAUAUAUAUAUAUAUAUAUAUAUAUAUGUGUGUGUGUGUAAUCAUCUGGGACUGUGUUAAGUGGGAUAUGAAGACUUUCCAUGUCUAGAUAGCCUUUCUAAUAAAAGUACCAAAUGAUUAUUGUAUCAAUGAAAUAAUAUUAUGAGGAAGUUUAUCUA